CUACACAGACGAGAAGUUGUGGAGGGACGAGGAACAGAGGGGAACAAACCGCAGAACCUGAGUUUGAUCCUUGGGACCUACAUGGCUGCCAGGAAGAUGGCGGACAUUCAGACCGAACGUGCUUACCAAAAGCAGCCCACAAUCUUCCAAAACAAGAAACCUGUUCUGCUUGGAGAAACCGGCAAGGAAAAACUCCCUCGGUACUACAAAAACAUCAGUCUAGGCUUCAAGACGCCCAAGGAGGCCAUCGAGGGCACCUACAUUGACAAGAAAUGCCCGUUCACUGGCAACGUCUCCAUCCGAGGUCACAUCCUGUCCGAUGUCAUGACCAAGAUGAAGAUGCAGAGGACCAUUGUCAUCCGCCGGGACUAUCUUCAUUACAUCCGAAAGUACAAUCGCUUUGAGAAAUGCCACAAGAACAUGUCUGUGCACCUGUCCCCCUGUUUCAGGGAUGUACAGAUCGGCGACAUUGUCACUGUGGGAGAGUGCAGGCCCCUGAGAAUGACGGUGCGCUUCAAUGUGCUCAAAGUCACUAUGGCUGCUGGCACCAAGGAACAGUUUCAGAAGUUCUGAGAGCGCUUUGGCCAGCUCCCUAGAACAAAUAAAGUUAUUUUCUGGCUAUAAAAAAAAAAGAAA